GAAGUUUUACUAUAAAGGUUAUGUCAAAUUUGUCAAUGUUGCUCGAGUCACAACAUCGCUGUGGGUGAAUGCCACCGAGUGACCGAGUCUCGACUCGUGUUGUUUAAUGAAUAUCGAGUGAAACGUUACUGUAAAGUGCUCCUGUGCAGUGUGUGUUUGUGCCAACAUGCCUUCAGCAUUAGACUGCAAAGUCUAUGUUGGAGACUUGGGCUCUGGUGCGUCCAAACAGGAGUUGGAGGAAACCUUUUCAUUUUAUGGUCCUCUUAGAAAUGUGUGGGUUGCCAGAAAUCCACCUGGUUUUGCCUUUGUGGAAUUUGAAGAUGUGAGAGAUGCAGAGGAUGCUGUUAGAGGACUAGAUGGCAGAACAAUAUGUGGUCGCAGGGUGCGUGUAGAACUCUCCACAGGUAAAAGCAGAGGCCGUUUUAGAGGUCCUCCGCCUCGCAGAGGUCGCCCUUUUCAUCCAGAGGACAGAUGUUAUGAAUGUGGUGAAAGAGGGCACUAUGCCAGGGAUUGCUAUAGGUACAGCCGACGACAUUCCAGGUACUCGAGGUCCCGAAGUAGAAGUCGCUCUCCCAGGAGGAGGAGAUCUUACACCCGUUCAAGAUCUCGCUCUCGUGACAGGUCCAGGAGUAGAACUAGGGAUCGUUCAAGAUCAAGAGACAGAAGCCGUUCUAGAGACAGAUCCAGGUCACGCUCACGGUCCAGAGAUCGCAGUCGUUCUAGAGGUGGUUCCAGAUCUCGGUCACAGUCUAGAGAACGUGACCGUUCACGAUCACAUGAUGAUAAAGGAGACCGUAGCAGAUCUCGAUCACCAGCACAGAAUGGCAGCCCCAAGGAAGAGAUGAAUGAUGAAUGAUAUUUUAUGCAAUAUGUUUAGGCGCCCUCUUUUGUACCUUGCAUGUCUUAGGUUAAACCUUAUAUUUUUGUGAUGUAGAUCAAAAUAUUGUCGUGACAGUACUUCACAAUACAAAACAUCAAACUAGAAGUGCCCAUUGGUAAAACAGCAGGUUAUUUAGUACUUCACAACAAAACAUCAAACUAGAAGUGCCCUUUGGUAAAACAGCAAAUUAUUUAGUGGUUAAUUGUGUUAGUUUUAGACAGUCCUCUUACUGUAAAUUUUGAGUGGUUGUACUAUGUGUUAAAAAUUUGUUUCUUUGAUGUGUUUUGUAUUGGUCACAUUCCAGCAGUUUUGAAUGUGUAUGGACUAAAAUAAAAUAUAAAUAUCGCAUAA